UCUCUGGACUUCAUCUCCUCAGUGAACCAGGUUUACCUGCAUCCCACCGAGAUGGCUUUCUCCAGCCUGUGCUAUCCAGAAUGCGGGGUGGCCCGGCCCAGCCCCGUCUCUGGUACCUGCAACGAGCCGUGCGUUCGGCAGUGCCCUCCCACCCCCUCCCCUCAGCAGAGCGAAGUGCCAGCCGUAGGAGAACCUGUGGUGGGAGCCGGCUACGGGGGCUCCUUCGCUAACGGGGGAUUGUACGGCUAUGGAGGCCGUUACGGAGGGUUGUUCGGUUAUGGGGGUUAUGGUUAUGGAGGCCGUUACGGUUAUGGGGGCUUAUGGGGCUACCCAGGCUUUUAUGGUAACGGAGGGUACUGGGGCUACCCAGGACGUUAUGCUCAUGGGGGAUACUGCGGCUACCCAGGCUUUUAUGGUAAUGGAGGGUUCUGGGGCUACCCAGGUCGUUAUGCUCACGGGGGAUACUGUGGCUAUAUUAUGGCUACGGGGGAGUAGUCGGUUCCGGGGUGUCCUGCCACAGGUACCGCAGUGGAAGCUGUGCGCCUUGCUAAACCCAGCAGGCCCAUCCGUGGCAGACCCAGGCA